ACAACAAGGCCGUUGAAUAUCAUGAGCAGAGUCUCACAAUGAAGAAACUACUUUACGGAGACCAACCACAUGUAGAAAUAUUAACUUCAUUAGGUUAUAUUGGUAUAGCAUACCAUCAAAUGAGAGAUUACAACAAGGCUAUUGAAUAUCGUCAGGAGAGUCUUGCAAUGAGGAAACUACUUUUCGGCGACCAACCUCAUCCAGGAAUAGCUACACUGUUGGGUAGUAUUGGUACAGCAUAUCAUCAAAUGAGAGAUUACAACAAGGCCAUUGAAUAUCGUCAGGAGAGUCUUGCAAUGAAAAAACUACUUCACGGGGAUCAGCCUCAUUCAGGUAUAGCUGCAUCGUUGGGUAGCAUUGGUACAACAUACUAUCAAAAGGGAGAUUACAACAAGGCAAUAGAAUAUUUUGAGCAGAGUCUUGCAAUGGAAAAACUACUUCACGGAUACCAACCACAUCCAGGAAUAGCUUCAUUAUUCGGUAAUAUUGGUUUAGCGUACAGUAAAAUGGGAGAUAACAACAAGGCCAUUGAAUAUCAUGAGCAGAGUCUUGCAAUGGAAAAACUACUUAACGGAGACCAACCACAUCCAGGAAUAGCUACUUCGUUGAAUAAUAUUGGUUUUGCGUACAGUCAAAUGGGAGAUAACAACAAGGCCAUUGAAUAUCAUGAGCUGAGUCUUGCAAUGGGAAAACUACUUCAAGUGGAUCAACCUGAUCUAGGAAUAGCUACUUCAUUGGGUAAUAUUGGCAUUGCAUAUGGCAAUAUGGGAGACUAUAAUAAAGCCAUUGAAUAUCAUGAGCAAAGUCUUGCAAUGAAAAUAUUACUUUACGGGGACCAACCUCAUCCAGGAAUAGCUAAAUUGUUCGGUAAUAUUGGUACGGCGUACAGUAAAAUGGAGGGUUACAACAAGGCAAUUGAAAACUACGCGAAGAGUUUAGAGAUUUAUAGGCAGUUGAAUGAUGAGAAGAAUAAUCAAGAAACACUAAGUUUACUGUUUGGGAUCGC